AUGAGUUCUCCAGUCUUCAAAGAAUAUAGUCUAGUGCCCAGACCAAACGGCACAUUGGAGGUCUGUUUCGAUAAGCAGGUCUCCUAUGGGUCUGGCUAUUGGCUGGAAAAUUCCUUACAAGUCACCAUGCCUCUGUUUGCCCUGCAACUCGCUUUAAUUCUAUCAUUUAAUCGCCUCUGCAUCCUUGCCUCAGCCCCAUGGCACUUACCUCGUAUUGUCACUGAUGUUUUUGCUGGGUUCUUGACAAGUCCAGCUGUUCUGGGGCGAUCUACUUUUUAUGUCAAUCACGUAUUCACUUUCAGUAGUCUGAUGGCCUUGGAAACCGUGGCAGCUAUGACCCUUGUUUAUUACAUGUUCUUGAUCGGCUUGGAGUUUGAUUUGAGGCCAAUAAGGCGUUCCGGGAACAAGAAGGCUAUAAUUGUCGCCAUUGUUGGUGUAAUCUUCUCUAUUCCUUAUGGGAUUGGACUGUACUACCUACUUCUCUCCGACUUGGGACGCAAACACAUGCCUCCCCCGGUAACUGGAACGAGACAUUUCAUUGGUGCUAUGAUAUGGGGAAUCACCCUUUCAUGCAGCGAGUUCCCUGAGAUUGCGAGGAUUCUCACGAGCCUCAAGCUCGUUCUCAACGAGAAUGGACAGUUGGCUUUAACCUCUGCUCUCAUUAAUGACGUCUUCUCUUGGAUCUUCCUUGUAAUAUCCAUAUCAGCACUCCAUGCAGCUUCAGGAGCAUCCAUCGUCUCUGCCUUCGUCUUUCUGUUGAUAAGCGUCUACGCGGUUCAUCCUCUUGCCAAGUGGCUUUUCCAGAAGGUUAGCACAAAGGACAGAGAUUUGAUCGACGCUCAAGUCGUAUGUCUCCUGCAUAUGGUUUUGCUCUUUGGAUUCGUCGCCGAUGGAUUGGGAGCUCAUUCCAUCACAGGGGCCUACAUUUUGGGAACUAUAACCCCAAAGGGUAUCAUCUCAAAGGCCGUUCAGGAGAAAGUGCUUGAUUUUGUGACAGCAUUCAUGAUGCCAGUCUUCUUUGCGGUUCUUGCGGAGAGAAUCCAUGUCGAAGACUUUGCCUUGGAAAUUCAUUGGACAAGCGUUGUGGUGGUUGUUUUGUUGGCUUUCAUGGCCAAGAUUUUGUCCACUCUCGCUGUCUAUAUGCUCUACAGGUUGCCUCUCAAGGAAGGCUUCUCUAUAGGACUACUCAUGAAUACCAAAGGAAUAGUCUCAAUCAUCAUCCUUACCACCGGCAGGGACAUGCUGGCUCUGAAUGACCAAACAUUUGGGGUAAUGAUACUGAUAUGCUGGAUAAUGACGAUUCCAGUGGGGCCUGUCUUGGCCGCCAUAAGCAAAUUCACGAAUUCGGAUAUUGGAAGUAGCCUGCGUAGGACCAUGCAAGGGGCAAGACCGGACAUCCCGCUCAGAGUGCUGGCAUGUGUCCACACAUCACACGACGCCAAUGUCAUUCUCAGUCUGUUGAAGGCUUCGAACCCAAAUGUUAAAUCCCCUAUCCAGGUUUUCGCUGUAGAGCUUGUGAAGAUAACAAACCGCCCAACCACAGCACUAAUCCUAGAUGAUGCUUCUAAGCAAGUAACGGAAUCCAAAUCCAAAAAAGAUCUCUUGCGAGGUCUCAAUCUAGACGGCAACAACACACAGACGGGGGAUAACCUUGAGUGCUUCGAAAACCUGAGCCAAGCUAUAUUCGCUGAGAAGUUAAGGGUCGUAUCUUCUUACAACACCAUGCACAAAGACAUCCUUCAUUUAGCGAAGCAAAGAGGAGUGACACUCAUACUAACCACACUGUACAAACAACCAACAUACGAUGGUCUAGGUGCAGGCACAGCCACAGCCAGAGCAGCAAACAUUGUGAACAGAGAAUCUUCAAGCAAGGACGAGAAAAAAGUGGUGCUCGAGAAUCUAGUGAAGGAACCACCAUGCUGUUUGGGGAUAUUCAUAGAUCGAGGGCUCGGUCAAAAGCGAGGCAAAGAGCGAAAACUGGCAAUGUUCUACGUUGGUGGAGCGGAUGACCGUGAAGCAUUGUCGUACGCAUGGAGGAUGUGCAGGCACCCAAACACAAAAUUAACAGUGGUGAGGAUUAUUUGGGACAACCCCAGUGACGAAUUUGAUCAAACAGAUGAAGAGUACAUCAGAUUUUUCAAAUUCCAAACAAGGGACAUGGGGGGAUCGGUGAAGUAUCUAGAGAAAGUGGUGAGAGACGAGAAGGAAACGUUGGCGUUACUGAACAGUGUGGGCGAUAAUGGGUAUGAUUUGUGCAUAACGGGGAGAGGGCAAGGAAGGAGGAUGUCGCUGGCACAAACGCUUGACCCUGUGCUGGAGGAGCCGGCGUUGGGACCGCUCGGCGAUACGUUGGCGGAUUUGAAUUCUGCGGCGGAGACUUCAAUUUUGAUAUUUCAGACGCAAGCUAGCGGUGAUGGGAAUUCCAAUCCAGCGUCCACUGAGUAUGCUUAUUUUGAAGGACAUGGUGACCUGAUGCUGCGUGGAGGCCGUAUGACAUGGCGAGCUUCUGAGUCUGAUUGACCAUCUCUCUCUUUCGCUUUCUGUUCACUUAUCAUGGAUACACUGUCACUGACUGUCAGCAAUCUCGCGGCCAUUAGACCAGGAGGAAGAAGGAAAUGAAAAACAAUGCAAGUUGUCUGAGGCUGAAACUCGGAUUAUCUGCCCAUGAAGGCAAAACUACUUUUCUGCAGUCCAUUUUGU